AUGGAGUUGUGCAUCGAGUACUGCUUCUACUACGGAGAGCGUGCAACCAAACAUGUUGCGGAGCGACCAGUUCCGGUGGCCGUGACGACAAUCACGGCAAGUUGUUUGCUUUUGCUUCUGCUCGGUCCAGCACAAGAGGGAGCCGCCCAUGUCUCGGCCCCAACUCUUCCGGACCUUUGCCGUGGCAAGCGGGUCGUGCAAGGUCACAGCCAAACGGUGUCCAACUCGGGUCGAGGAAUGACAGCGGGCACCAACGAGGACAUGGCAAUGGCCGGGAAUGCGACGUGUGGUGUAGCAAGCAUGGCAUCGGACAGGAUCGUCACAACGAGCAGGCAGACACUGAGGCAACUCAGAGUUCUUAUCAAGGGGUUGGAUGAACGGUUUCACAUGGACCGCACGGACGAGCCACAAGAAGCUGCACAACAGGCUGACGUACCAGCAGACAGCAUUCCAGGUGAUGGGGGUCAUGAUUUGCAGCAACGCUUCCCAGUUCCGACCAGCGUGGAUGAAGAUGUCGGGCAGCAAGGAGUUCCCCAAAUAGGUGACGAGCCAGCAGCCGCUCAAGCUGACCACCGUGAUGAUUCCCAGGAUGGCCAGGAACGCCAGGAGGGUACAAACGAUGGACAUGAGCCGAUUUCAGAAGGCUACGCGAGCUUGAGGGCUCAAAUGGCUCGGUCACCCAGCAUGCAGAUUCCAAGCCUGGCAGUUGCAGAUGUUGCUCCCCAACCAGAUGGUGGAGAGCCCGCAGAUGAGCCAGUGGCCACUACGGCGGACGAUGAAGCCCCUGCAGGUGAGGCAACGCAAAGCCAAGUGGCCGAUGAGCCAGCACAAGGUCAGGCGGCCACUACGGCGGACGAUGAAGCCUCUGCAAGUGAGCCAACGCAAAGCCAAGUGGCCGAUGAGGCAGCACAAAGUCAGGCGGCCACUACGGCGGACGAUGAAGCCCCUGCAGGUGAGCCAACGCAAAGCCAAGUGGCCGAUGAGCCAGCAGAAAGUCAUGUGGCCACUACGACGGACGAUGAAGCCCCUGCAGGUGAGCCAACGCAAAGCCAAGUGGCCGAUGAGCCAGCAGAAAGUCAUGUGGCCACUACGGCGGACGAUGAAGCCCCUGCAGGUGAGGCAACGCAAAGCCAAGUGGCCGAUGAGCCAGCACAAGGUCAGGCGGCCACUACGGCGGACGAUGAAGCCCCUGCAGGUGAGGCAACGCAAAGCCAAGUGGCCGAUGAGCCAGCACAAAGUCAGGCGGCCACUACGGCGGACGAUGCAGCCCCUGCAGGUGAGGCAACGCAGAGCCAAGUGGCCGAUGAGCCUACAGAAAGUCAUGUGGCCACUACGGCGGACGAUGAAACCCCUGCAGGUGAGGCAACGCAGAGCCAAGUGGCCGAUGAGCCUGCACAAAGUCAGGCGGCCACUACGGCGGACGAUGAAGCCCCUGCAGGUGAGGCAACGCAAAGCCAAGUGGCCGAUGAGCCAGCAGAAAGUUAUGCGGCCACUGCCGUGCACGGGGAAACCCUUGCAGGUGAGGCAACGCAGAGCCAAGUGGCCGAUGAGGCAGCACAAAGCCAGGCUGCCACUGCCGUGCACGGGGAAGCCCCUGCAGGUGAGCCAACACAAAGCCACACCACCGGAGCUAUUGCAGAUGUCGCAGCAUCGGCAGAUGUACCAGCAGUGGGGCAGACGGCAACUGCAGAAGGUGAAGCCCCAGUAGAUGGGCCGACAAGCCAAAUUGCAGCUGGUGCAGAAGACCACUCGGCGCUUGCAGAUGUGCCAGGUGCCAAAGUUGAAUCAAAGGACCCGAGCAUUGGGACGAAAGACGAAGCUCCAGCAGCUGAAGCAAGCGGAGUUGGUGCAGGGCAGGCGCUGCAAGAAGCUACCGAAGAAACGAAUGUAUCAACGGCAGAGGGUGCUGCAACAGCGCCGAGUGAGGACACAUUGCACCGAGUUUUCGAGGAGAAGAGUGCAACAGCUGCGAGCCUGGCAGCAGAAGAGUCUUCACACACCACUGCCCGGACCGGUCAAGCAGACCAGACCGCAACACGCAAAGCAGCUCUGCGUGUCAAUCACACCGAGGAGAAGCCUGGAAGCGGGGAUGAUUCGCAGGAGGCGCAGGUCGCACAGCCAGCCGUCACUGACGCCGUGAGCGCAAAUGAAGUGCCGAAAGGUGGCUCCUUGAAAACACAGGCAGAGCCCAGCACUGCACAAAAACAAGGGGAAGCCAACGAGAGCAACGCCACUGAGGCAGGAGAUUCCAUUCCAGUCGAGUCUAACUGGCGCCCCAGCGUGACAACAGCACAGUACAUGCAGCGAUCAGACUCAGACUCGCCGCAGCGAGCAGCGAAUGUCAGCAUGCUGUCGAAGAAGGCAUCCCGAGCCCAGGCUUCGGACAAAACGGGAUCCGAGCCUUUCGAGCCGAGGCGCAGAGCCGACGCCAGCGGCGAGGCCAUCCCUCAGGGCGACGAGGGUAACGCUCUUCAGGUUUGGGAGUUGUGGAGAUGUGUGGAUCUGCAGGAGUGGCAUCGGAAGAGGCGAAAUGACAGUGCCGACACGCAGUGUGGCUACGGGGCGACGCCGUCACCUUUGUGCUCUCCUUUGGAGGAGGAUCCAAAUGCUUCGACGCCGACUCCAAUGCGUACACUCGCAUUCCCAUGCAGCCCUGUGGUGUGCCCAUCUCCAGCGGAGUUCAGCCGUGAGGAUCUCGUGCGGAAAAAUGACCGACAGGUUUACAACGAGUACGAGUUUCUUGAAGUGCUUGGGGAAGGCUCCUUUGGCAAAGUUCACAAGGCGCGCCACCGCCGCACAGGUAUGCUUCGAGCUGUGAAGGAGAUACCACACACCGGCACGGCAGACGAAGAGUUUCAGCUAGAACUCAAGGCUUUGCAGGAGCUAGACCAUCCACACAUUGUAGAGGUCAUCGAGUACUUCGAUGAUGUUACUAAUUUCUUCCUCGUCAUGGAGCUUUGUACAGGUCCUGACGUCUUCACCUAUGUCUUGGAGCGCAUGGACUCGCCAGAUGGCGAUGGCUUCGUUCCAGAAGCGGAAAUCGCAGUUAUUUUGAGGCUCUUCGCGGAUGCAAGAGUAGGAUAG